UACAGGGGGAUUCCCAUACCUGCCGUGGGUAUGGAAAUGUCGCCGCCAGAGGAUGGUAUAUGGAGCUACCGGAUGCGGUUCGUCACACCGUAGACCAGGUCGGCUUCGGCGCCUUCUGCAGUGGACUUUCCCGCCUUACCGCGAGCAGGCCUCUCCUUGCCGCUCUGGUGGAGAGGUGGUGGGACACCACCGAUUCCUUCCACUUCUCUGCCACAGGAGACAUGACGAUGACUCCCUAUGACUUCUCGAUGCUCACCGGCAUCGGGGUAGGGGUGAUCCGAUCCCCUUUGACACAGAUAUGGACGAGUGGGAGGCCGCUCAGAUGUAUUUGCUGGGCGUCCUACCGCCUCUUGCUCGCCCAGGUUUCGUCAGAUACUCGUGGUUUGAGGACCACUUUUGGAUUCAGCCAGCUCUAGCUGAGGAGGCGCCGAUGACUCAGGAGGAGGUGGAGCGGUACGCGCGCGGCUUCCUCAUGUUCCUGUUGGGGACGACCAUCUUCGCCGACCGGGCGAACACCGUGCCCCUCUGUUUGCUGAGCGCGCUCGUGGACGUCACACGGAUUCUGUGCUAUGACUGGGGUGGGGCAGCCUUGGCCACACUCUAUGGAUACAUGAGCUUAUCCUCCCGGUGCAACGGGCAGUUGCUCGGGGGCUACUGGCGAGCUUGGGAGUUGUGGGUCUACGCCUACUUCCCGAGGCUUGUGCCAAUGCCCGACGUGGAGACCCCUCUCGGCGUUCCAUUCUCUUGACGCUUUGAUGUGAGAUGCAUGCGGAGACCCCGGGAGACGUUCAUAUUCUUCUGCCGCUAUUUUGACACCAUUAC